CCCCUUCCGCCGAGCAAUUCGCCCCGCCUUUUUGAUCCCCCGCCAGGCCACCGCCUCGAUUAGUCUCCCCACCCCCCUCCAAUCCACUGAACAAUCUCUCGCCUUCCGAUUUCCCCCCAAUUUCCGCGGCCCCCCUCUCCCCCAUCUCGCACCAACCUCUCCGCCACCUACCCCUGCCAAACCCUAGCCGGCGCUUGCUGCCCGACUGAUGGCGGACGACGACGCCGCCGCGAGCCUGAGCCAGCCCUCCCCCGCGAAGGGCGACAUCUCUCUAGAAAAUGGGGAUGAGAAAAGUAAGCAGUGCCAACCAUUCUUCUCCAUGUGCCAACCGCUUCAGGCUGUUAGCUAUUCAAAUUCCUGGGAUAGUGUUUGUGCUCCUGCAGCAACAGAACCUUGUCAAACUAGCGGCUUGGAUUCAGUGGAUGAUGAAUACAUGCCAAGUGCACCUUCUUUUCCUGAUAGCCAGCAGCCCCAUUCUGAGAGCAUUUCUGCUGUAGUAGAUGAAUCAAACAAGUUAUGUUCACCACCUUCACCUACGGAUAAGGAAUGUGAUGUGGAACAACUUCAGCUGGAAUCUGAGGAAUUAUUGGAUGACUCAGGUGUGCUAGAUGGGGAAAUAAGGCAGCAGUCAGAACCCCUUACCACAGAUGAACCCAGUUCUGUUGAUGAAAUCAAAAAAUGGGGGGCGGAUACUAAGCAGCACUCACCACCCCUUCAUAACACUAAGCAUUGGAGCUCAAAUCGUGCCCUUGAACCUUCUGACAAUGAAAAUAAGCCGCUCUCCUUGUUUUUUUCUCGCUUCAGACAACCCCAGUCAGUGGGAGCUGGUCUUCGGAAUAUGGGGAACACAUGCUUCUUAAAUGCAACUCUUCAGUGCAUAACUCAUACUGUCCCACUUUUUAAGAAGCUCCGCUGCACUGACCACUCUACUCCAUGCUCAUAUGAUGAAGAUGGGUUCUGUUCCUUUUGCGCCCUUAAAGAACACAUUGAAGAAUCAAUUCGAAGGUCUGGAGCUGUUUUAGUGCCAGCGAGGUUCAAAGAUAAUUUAAGCAAAUUAUCGUCAGAUUUUAGACCAGGACAGCAAGAGGAUGCACAUGAGUUCCUUCGUUGCUUGCUCGAUAAUUUGCACAAAUGCACCCUUGAUCCCAAGUCAAAGGGGAAGCCCUCAUCUUUUGAUGAGGAAAGUAUUGUCAAACAGGUGUUUGGUGGUCGGCUUAAAAGCCUGUUGACAUGCCGUGAUUGUGGUCACUGUUCGGAGACAUUUGAGCCCUUCCUGGAUCUCAGCUUGGAGAUUGAUCAGGUUGAUGACCUUGUUGCUGCUUUGGAAUCUUUUACCAAGGUGGAGCAAGUUGGUGACGAUGAGAACAAGCUCACCUGUGAAAGUUGUAAAGUUCAAGUUUGUAAGGAUAAGCGGCUUGUGCUUGAUAAAGCACCUGAUGUCAUUGCAUUUCAACUCAAGCGCUUCACCACCCUUGACAAUUCCAUUGAAAAGAUUGACAAACAUGUGGCAUACCCACCAGAACUUGAUUUGAAGCCUUUCCACAAUAAUCCAGACAAGGAGGAACUAAUGUAUGAUCUUUAUGGCGUUGUUGAGCAUUCUGGCUUACCUAACUAUGGCCAUUAUGUGUGCACUAUUCGUUCUUCACCAAGCACCUGGCACUUGAUGAAUGAUUCAAAUGUUGAUUCUAUUACUGAGACGUGUGCACUAAACCAGGAAGCAUAUAUACUCUUCUAUGUUAGGCAGGGCAUGUUUCCGUGGUUCUCAAGUUUGCUAGAGGAGGCCAGGAGUGGUGCAUCUCCUGUGUCAGUUUUGGAUAAUAUAGAUGCAGACUGUUUAACUUCCAGUAAUAGAAGUCCUGGCGAUAAGUUUGAGAUUGGUGAAACAAGUGAAUGCAAAACAUCUCUCCUUGCUGAGGAACCAACUAAGAGAUCUUCAGUUGAUGCUUCCAACAGCACAAAGAAAAAAGAAGAAACCACUCCACUCAGAGCAUCUUUCCAAGAUGAUGUGGGGAGGAGGCAUGCCCCUAGUGCUUCAGAAAUCACCAAUCUGGAGAGACCAUCAACUCCACCUCCAUGUCCCAAGCGAACGAUCUCUGUUGAUGACUUUGAGGUGUUUAAGUUUGAGGAAUUUGAUGACAAGGACACUCCUCUGAUGCCAAAGUCUGAGCAUCAACUGAAGGUGAAGAAACCGAAGGCUGCUUCUGCAUCUAAAUCUGUGAAGGGCCCUAGUGUGGACAAAAACGCAACACGGUUGAUGAGGGGCAUGCCAUCUGCACGAAGAAAAGGCCUGCUGGACUGCAUGAUCUCACAGCAGAAUGUUGCGCAGGAGCCCCGCAGGGGCUCUCGAAGUGACCCUCUGGGCAAAAAGAAGAGGAAGCUGGACACCAACUCGGUGGCAGUUCUUCAGUACUGAUUAUUUUUCUAGUCAGGUUAGAAUGUCUAAAUCCUUUUGCUGUACGUAGUUUCCAAUCCGUCCCUUUUCUUGGGGAUCAACUCAGGAUGCAAUAGAGCUUAAGAGUUUAGGCUAAGAUUUUCUUUUCUGCUUUCUGAUACGGAAUUCCUUGCCUAUAUAUAUAAAAUAUAUUUUUGCUUGA